AUGAGCGAUUCCUCGGAUGACGAUCAGCCCUUUAACCUUCGCGAUUACGAUGAUGAAGACACGGACGAUGAGCGACCCAAUAAGAGAAGAAAGACCACUUCGAGGGCUCUCCGCGGCCGUGGAUUGGGAUUCGUCAAGUCUACUGGCGCUGAAGAAGAUGAACAGGGCGAAGAAAACGAGGAGGAUGUCGACGGCGAAAGACCGUCCAUGCGCAUGGGUCUCGGCGCGGGCGCAGGCGCAAGACCAGGCAUGGGAGGCUUUCGCAGCGCAUUCAACAUAGGCGAAUACAACGCCGAAGAGGCAGAAGCAAGCAGCCCUCCGCUGCAGAAAGACAUGUCCCCUCGAAGACAGCAAGAGAAAGCAAGCGGCACGGGUCCUUCGGCGUUUGGCGCAGGCGGGCGCAUGAACAAGAACUCGUUCGCUGCGCGCAUGAUGGCCAAACAGGGCUACGUCGAAGGUCAGGGCCUAGGAAAGUCAGGUCAGGGCAUAACAGCACCCAUUCAGGCGAAGGUACUGUCAAGCCGGGCUGGGUUGGGUCAGGGCAGCGCAGCACCAGAACCUCCUCGGAAAAGACAAGAGCCAGGGAAAGAGAAGGUCUCCUCAAAAGCAUCCACACCGGGGACGAGCACGCCACGACUCAGAGCGCCACCUAAGGCCAAAUAUGCUGUCGGAGCGAUUGAGUCGCGGGGCUUGCACGUCCCUGAGGCGAUUAAACAAGUCAUUGUCGAUGCUACUGGCGCCGAAACGAAGACCCUCACAUCGCUAUCUGGCUUUUCAACUCCCACGCGAGAAGCCUCACCGUCCCACAGCCUCGAAGCGGCAAAGGCCACCUCGCGCAUCAAGCUGCAACUCCAAGCCUUUGCCGAUGCGUGGGACUCGACAAAAGACCAAGAACUUCGGCUUGAGCAGGAAGAAACGCAACUGUCCGCAGCGUUGGUUCUCCACGAGGAAGAAGUCCAACGGUAUAACGACAUCAUCUCCGCUUUCGAGCGAGUGACGGUCGACGACUCAAACACGGCCCGCGACUGGGACGCCUCCAUCUCGCGCCUGCGGUCCAUCCAGACACGCUUCGCCGACUCCAUCAGCGACCUCUCCUUGCCGGAACUCACAGCCUCCUGUCUAGAAACACCUCUCCGCCGCGAACUCCUCGACUGGGACCCUCUCAGCGAACCACAAACCUCGCUCAUAACCUCCCUCCAAUCAAUUUCGGAAUUACUGGAAAUUGAGAAAUCCACCGCCUCAAAACACCGCAAGCGAACCACCUAUUUUGAAUCCCUCCUGCUUCUACACUGGUACCCGACGAUGCGCACCUCGCUCACCAAGGACUGGAACGUCUACGACCCAGACCCAGCAUACACACUGAUCGAGUCCUGGAGACCACUUCUCCCGGCCUGGCUCCUCCGCAAGAUUCUGCACGAGAUCGUCCUCCCACGUCUGGUCGAAGCAGUCAAACGGUUUCCCAAACCCGUCGACCAACCAGCCACAACCUCGAAAAAUAUAAGCAGCAGCAGUAGUAAAAAGGCAAGAAGCCCACCAGCACCAGACCUACACACCUUCCUCUUCGACUGGUGGACCCUCCUCUCCAGCGAGACUCUCCAGCUCGACUCCUUCCUCGAGCUGCGCUCGCUCGUCAAACAGAAAGUCACGACCGAGACGUGGCCGCAUUGGAAACCUUUGCUUGGGUCGCGCAAAGCUAAAGCGUUACCUCUGCCGCCGCUAGCGCCCACACCGUCAGCCCCUACGCGCGUCGCCACGGAUGUGGAAGAGAUCUCCUUCCGCACCAUUGUCGAGGAUUGGGCCUCGGAACAUAAUCUGUUGCUCACGACGAGCCACAAAUCCGACGCCUUCGGCCGCCUGCUGUACAGACUGCAGGACGCGGAGCGCCGCGGUCGCGGCAUUCUCAUCUACCUCGCUGAGGAUAUCGUGUUCGGGGCCGAGGAUGGGGAGCCCUAUGCGCUGGAUGAUCGACUUGUGCAGAUGGCGAGGGGGAAGGGGAAAUGA